UCCGGCACAGCGCGGGUAUGUGGGCCAGAAAACUGGACACACCUGGGAUGGCAAGAUGAUUGUCUCAUCGUCCCCGGUACAGACAACGUUACCAGCUGGCACAAGAUGGCCUGGCCAGGUCAGUGCUCAGUUGCCCUGAUUAUAAUCGUCUGCACUGGUCUAACAAGCAGAGCUGCGCUGCCCCACCCGCGCCUUGUGGAGAGCCUCGAUGUUGACCAGCGAGUGACGUCAGGGGUCAGUGACCUGCAACUCUUCACAGUCCGUGUUUUGAAGGCAACAUUCCAGCACAUGCACUGGACGCGCCUGAUGCUGGUCCAUGACACCAUGCACGAACCCACGGCCAGGCGCCUGAUGGCCAGCUAUCAGAACGGCACCGUACAGGCCUUUCACCUCAACUGGCAGAUGUCGCCUGAGGCGGACCACGUGAUCACUUGUGCCCAAUACCUCAAGAUGGCGGACAGCCAGCGAAUGACUGGUCUAAACGUUCGAAUCAAUCAGCUUCUGGAUGGGAUCUACAAGGACCACGUGACCAACGACGUUACCGUUCACGUAGUGCUGCUAUGUUCCGACAACUGCACAAAGUCAGUGCUGCAGGAGGCCAAUGUUUAUGACUGUAGACGGGCCAAAUCAACUGCCUUACACAUGCAUACAAAAUGGCUGAUUGUUGAAAACGAACUGAAAGAUUUCCUAGAACUCUUGGAUCACUUGGACAACGUGGCUACUAUCAAAGUCUUCACGCGACCCCUGCACGCCACGGUCUGGACCUUGUAUUUUGGCGGGAACAACAGUCGUCACCUGACGCCAGUGGCGCUCGUGUCUGCUGGCCUUGACAUUGACCUACUGGGGGGCGACGCCAUCUUUCCUAACAUUAACUUUGGCCUCAACCACCGAACAUUAGUGGUUUCAACAAAACAGUGGCUCCACUUUGUCACCAAGUCGGUGGAGGAUGGACGAGCGACUUACGACGGUUUCUGCAUGGACGUUCUUCAGUACCUUCAGCGAGCGCUCAAUUUCACGUCUCAGAUGGUGGAGCCAGCAGACGACGAGUGGGGCCGUCUGCUGGACAAUGGCUCCUUCACUGGACUAAUGGGCCAACUGCAGAGAAAGGAAGUGGACCUGGUGGCCGCCCCACUCACAAUUCACGAGAUGAGGGAGCGAGUCAUGGACUUCACCUUCCCGUACUUCGUGGACUACACCAGCGUCAUGAUGAAGCUGCCGGACCCCGCAGACAGAAAGUGGUUAACCAUCAUUCAGCCGUUUCGCUGGGAGGUACACCUGGCUAUCUUGAUGUCUCUCAUCUUUACCUCGUGUCUGCUGACCUUUAUGGAGAGACACAACCCCCACAACAAGACACGAGACAGAGACAACUCUUACAGAUGGUCACGUGACGAAAGUUUUCUUGGGUUUUACCACACCUUCUGGUAUCUGUUUGGAGCUUUGUUCACACAAGGCGGUGAACGUCUGCCUACGUCACUGACUGGCCGCUCACUGCUGACCUGCUGGUGGAUCUUCACGAUCGUCAUCUCGUCCACCUACAGCGGCAACCUGAUCGCCUUCCUGACGGUCAGCAAACAACGGGCGCCCUUCGACACGCUGGCCGACAUGUUGGCCCAGGACAGCUACAAGUGGGGCUUCCUGGGGACCACACUCUACGAGUUGGUCUAUAAGAGCACGGAUGAAGCUAUACAUCAAGCCAUCUGGCAGCACAUCGUUGACUUGAACCAAUCCGAUCCGGCCAUUUUGUCACGUGAUGAGAUGACCCACUUGAAGGCCGUCCAACGGGGCGACUACGCCUACAUCGGCGACCGGACGAGCAUCGAGCUGUGGAUGGAGCAGGACUGCCAGCUGGUCAAGGUCAAGGAGAAGUUCUUUCCCCUGCAGUAUGGGCUGGGUCUGGUCAACAACUCGCCCUACACACGGCUCUUCUCAGAGGAAGUGAUGCAGAUGUGCGAGUUCGGUCUUGUCAACAUCUGGAUCGCCCGCUGGUGGAGAAAACAAAACAGGUGCGGGGGCGCCGUGGUUGCUGACGCCACGCCCAUCUCGGUCCUGGACGUCCAGAGCGCGUGCUACACCCUGGGGCUGGGGCUGGUGCUGGCGGCCCUCUGUCUAGCCGGCGAGAGGUGUGUACAGCUUCGGCUGGGCAGGGCAAGAUUUUGUUAGACAAGACUGCCUAAACAAACGGCCAAAUUAAAUAAGUCAACACAAAUAUCAACCAAAUCGCAAAAUCGAAUUUUUAAUGCAGUAAUCACAAGCUUAACAUAUUUUGUUAUCAAAUGUUAGUUCUAAAUUGCACGUUUUAUAAUGUAACUAGACCUGCCACUUUGGAUAACUACGUGCCAAACAUUAUUUGAAAUGAAAUCCUAAUUAACCUAUCCCAUUGCUAAGAAACAAAAAUGUAUAUAAACGAUUUCAGAAAUGUAAUAUUUCAUUACAAAAAAAAAUCCGUUAUUCAUUAUUUUUAUACGGUGUUUUAAUUAAAUGUGUUUUUUAUUCGAAUCAGUCAUUUAUUUUACCAAUAAUGACCCACAACGCCCGCUGCCGCUCGCAACCCAUGAUGGUCCUUAACACACCCGCUUAUUCUAUGCAUAGAAAAAUUUAAUUUGUUUCAUAAAAAUUUGGCCUACAAAUCCGAAUUUUUAACUAAACAGGAAGUUGGAUAUUCAUAAUACUGGUCUCUUUCCAUCCCAAAAUUUUAGACUCAUCUAAUUUUUAGUUGAUUUGAAAUUAAAAAUAAAAUAAAAACAUUCCUAAAAACAUUCUUAUCUAGGCAUGUAUUUUAAGGAGUAUAUAUCUUAAACAUAACCAAACUGAUAUUCAACUGUUAAAUUCGAUGCAUAGAUAAAUAAAGUUGACUAACCCAAAAUGACCUAUUUUCAAUUUAGUUUGAAUUUAGGAUUUUCUCUGACAUUUUUUAUUUUUAUACCUUGCUCCUACCGAAUAUAAUACAUUCUAUUUAAUACUGUUGGAAAGACAGAUUCAAAUCAAACAUUAAGCAGUAAUUUUUAUCUUAAUUAUUAAUUUCAUUCAGACAAAAACGAAUAUUUUGUGAAACUGUUCACUUGUUCAUACAGAGUUAUGCUCCUAACACUGAGAC